AGAGAAGUGGAGCACUACUCUCUCUCCCGCUCAGUCCACCCACCCGGCACUCUACCACCUCGCAAAUUUCACUAUCGCACGCGUUCCAUAAUCUACGCUCCAUCACCAUCACUCGCGGUCUAUAAUCUACGAGUACCAUCAACUCCGAGUCCUUACUACUCUACGUGUGCCAUAAUCUACGAGUUCUAUAGUCAACGAACCAUCACUACCUUACGAGCAGCAUAAUCUACGAGUUCUGUCAUCUACGAGCCCUUAACUACCCUACUACUCGUAGUAAGGAGAGACAGCCUCGUUGAUACUACUCUCCAUCACUUGGAAGAUCAAGAUGGAGUUGCUGGUAGCUGUUCUGGUGUCUUUGGUAUCAGCCGCUUCCAGCCUGACUGGGAACGCCAUCACAGACGACAGCACGGGUGCCUCAGACGGCAGCUGCCACGCCCCCAAGGAUGUGGGUAGCUGCUCAGGGCAGCAGGAGGCCUGGCACUACAGCGCUGCUGAGAGCAGGUGCAUCUUCUUCGUGUAUUCCGGUUGCGGAGGCAACGCCAACAGGUUCGCAAGUAGGGCGGCUUGUGAAGAAGCAUGUGAGAAACCCAGGUGCCCAAACGUCGCCUGUCCGGACACCUGCUCUCGUACCCAGAGCCCCGAAGGGUGCGAGAUCUGCGCUUGUACUAGAGAUGAGGCUCGCGCAGUGUGCACGGAGCAGUCGAAGCGAGGCUACUGCCGCGCCCUUUACCACAACUGGGCCUGGGAUAACCAGGAGCACCGGUGCGUCCAGUUCCUGUACGGCGGCUGUGGGGGCAACCAGAACAACUUUGAGACGGAGGAAGAGUGCAUGAGAGUGUGUUCUGGUGUGUAGCUCCGAGGCAAGCACCGGAAGUGGGUGACUUCUUUGCAGUUCCAAGAUGUUUCGAAAAAAAGACAAAUCCAUUCGUUAUUUUAUUUCAGUUUGUUUACAUAAAAAUGUUUUUGUUGUACAUCUUGCAAUAAUCUGGUAUUAUUUAUAGCAAAACAGAUACAAUUCGAAAGCUAUUGCAGUUCUGAUGGUAGGAACCACUAACUUAGAUAAAUUAUUAACUAUCUCAGUAUGAGGCUGCGAGAGGAUCUAAGACACAAUAAUAAUAUUAAUAAUAAUAAUUUAUUUAUACAAAUACAGAACAUCAGAUUACAGUAGUUACUUGGGACGUACAGUAUGUGUAUAUGCUUCUUAUACCAGUCGAUAUUCGACUGGUAUAGUGUGCCGGAAGUUUGUCAUGUAACACUGUGUAUAAUUAGACGAAAAAUUGUGAAUAUUAACGAAAAGUCGGCGCGACCGUGUUAAGUCAGUUGGUGAACACUAAAUUCACUGGUAAAUUCCUUGUUUACGUUCAAAAGUCUAAAUUCUUAGAGGGUACCAAUGCCUGCCUCUAAUCGACUCUUUAAUAAUCUAUAAUUAUGAUAAAAUUGUCCUCCUAUUCUAGGUGUUGUAGGCGGACAGUGUUGUGUUAGUAACACCUCCCUGUGUCGUGAGGGUGCAGGAUGUAGCAACACUGUCCUGUGUGCUAAUGUUUAUCAUAUAAUGUUUAGAAUGAUCCCAAACAACACUCCCUCUCCCCUCCUCCCUUUCCGUGUACCAAUGUUUGUGUUGUAAAGGUUAGAAUGAUGACCCUAGAGUGUACCCUGUGUACCAAUGUUUGUGUUGUAAAGCUCAGAAUGAUGACCCUAGAGUGUACCCUGUGUACCAAUGUUUGUGUUGUAAAGCUCAGAAUGAUGACCCUAGAGUGUACCCUGUGUACCAAUGUUUGUGUUGUAAAGGAUAGAAUGAUGACCCUAGAGUGUACCCUGUGUACCAAUGUUUGUGUUGUAAAGGAUAGAAUGAUGACCCUAGAGUGUAUACCCUGUGUACCAAUGUUUGUGUUGUAAAGGUCAAAAUGAUGACCCAUAGCAACAACAGCCCCCCUGUGUACCAAUAUUUACAAAGUUCGUUAAGUUACCAUUAGUGUGGAGUGCAGUUAGUUCUUCGUAAUCAUCCCGUAUUAUGUAAAAUCUGUAGUUUGAAGACUGUGUACCUGUACCAUUAAUUUUUUAUUUUUUAUUUUUUUGGCUGAAACACCAAGAUAAAAUCACAUAAGAGUAUAAUUAUAAUUUACUUAUCCGCGGAUGAUUAUCAAAAACACUGAUCUUCGAAUGUGCACUAAACAUAGAUAUUCCUGAACACAAUUCCGUCUUAUAAUGAACUUCUUCGUUUCUUCAGAGAGGCGGUUAAUUAGCCUUUUAGGAUAUUUAUAUAUAUAUGUUUGCUGUUAUUUUUAUUAGGAGUUUAAUUAUUUUCCUUUGAGUUUGUUGACAUAUUAUUAUUAUAAUUAUGGCCUUGCUUGUAAGAUAUUGAGGCUCAGCUUGUAGUCAUGACUUGUGAUAAUGUGGUUUAAGUUACCAAUCGUGUACAACAUGCAUAAUUGUUUUAAUAAAGCUCGUUAAAAACUUCACA